AUGACGACGCACGACUCGCCAUCUCCACCUCCUGCUUCGUCAAGCUCGUCAUCCUCGACGCCGUUGUGUACCCUCCGCGUCCAGGUGCUUUCCGCCAGAGGCUUGGCUCCCAAAGAUCGUAACGGCAAGUCAGAUCCCUUUGUCACCAUCAGCUUGCCAGGCUCCACCGCCGCCUCUCACCAUGCAGCUGCACCGCCCACCCACACUGCCGUCAAGCCAAAGACGCUCGACCCCGUAUGGAGGCCAGACGAAGCCACGUUCGAGUUCCCCGUCGUCCCAGACUGGUUCGGACCUCACUUUGCUGCGGUAGCCAGUCAGGAUAUCGAUUCAAAGGCGGUGCGUGCUGCCAUCCGCCAAGCCAUCACCGAUGCCUCUCAGACCGAUGCCGAAUCAAGCUCGCUCUCACCAGAGGCGGCUGCCGCAGCUGCAACAUCUUCCGCCACCGCCAAAUCUCGUCCUCGUCUCGGUCUUCGAUCCGCCUCGACCAAAAAGAUCUCGGGCGCUGCCUCCAGGAUCCUCGUCGCUCCCGUCAAGCUGGGCGCGGCAGGUGCUCGAGUGGUCGGCAGACAGAUGCCGCGGCCCAUGCUUCUCCGUCGACGAGCGCGUCCACCCACCGACCCGCUCUCCAACUCGACCGCAUCGCUCCAGGACGCCACAAAACCGCCGCGUGGAUCCAUACAGCUCGACGCAAGCAACGGUAUGGUCUCUUCACUCGAGUUCGUCAUCUGGGAUAAGGAUCGUUUCUCAGGCAACGAUUACAUGGGCGAGUGUUCGCUUCCCGUCAGCUCAUGGUGUAGGGAUGGCCUCGCUGAAUGGUCCAAAGCCCAGUCGCUCUGGCUGCCCGUCGAAUCGUCCCACCCCAGCGCAAAGAUCAGCGGAGAGCUGCAGGUCAAAGUAGGCUUUGUUCCGAUCGAUGCUGCUGCAUCUGCCGGUCCCCAAUCAUGGACCGUCGACGAGCUCUACAAUCGACUCGUCUUGGCCGCGCUCGGCACGCAAGGCGCUGCGGUCCGUGCCAUUCCUGCCUCUCAAUCAGUCGGCACUACGGGAGCCACGGAAGCAUUUGUCGACGAUGGUCUCAGCAGCGAUACGGAUGACGAUGAAGAUGAAGAUGACGACGACGACGAUGACGAUGAUGACGAAGACGAUGAUGAAGAGGACGAAGAAGAGGACGAUGACCUUCUGGAUGUAUCCGAUGGCGGUCCCAGCGAUCUCAACGACGGUCUAGAAUUCGAGACGGACGACGAAGCCGUCUACGAUCAGCAUUACCACACCAUUGCUGGUGGAGCAGCCCCUGACUCCCAAACCUCGCAGCCAGCGACGCUUCUAACCCCACCACCAGCGUCCCAAUCAGCACCCGGCAAGUACCGGCGCAUGUUUUCUCGCAACAAGAUCCCCAAAUCCGCCUCAGCGUCGGGCGCUGCUACUCCUCUCGAUGCUGGAGCUGCUUACGAUCUCGACGCUUCUCACGCAGCAACCCCUAUAGAGUCCGCUUCAGCCACAGGUUCGAAGCCGCGCACAAGACGGCGUCUGCCCGGUGUAAGACGUCUCAAAUCCAGUGCCGCCCUGCCCCCUUCCGCCGUCGAUGGAUCGGGUGUACCCUCCGAACCAGCAGCUCCUCGUCGCACUCAACGCCGGGGUGAUGGCGGCGAUCGUCGACGUGCCCGCCGCAACAAUCGGCGCAAACGAGGCGAGUACGCAUUCAAAGCUGGUAUGGGCAUGGACAUCAUCGGCAUCGUCAUGAUGGAAGUCAAGGGCGCUGCGGAACUGCCCCGAUGGUCCAACAUGACACGCACCGGGUUCGACAUGGAUCCCUUUGCCAUCAUCAGCUUUGGCCAAAAGAUCUUCCGAACGCGCGUCGCCCGCCAUACGCUCAAUCCGACGUGGAACGAGAAGCUGCUCUUCCACGUUCGUCGACACGAGACCAACUUCCAGACCAAGUUCAUGAUCUACGACUGGGACCGAAUGUCGUCCAACGACUAUGUGGGUGGUGCCUACAUCUCGAUUGCUGAUCUGGUGGAUGCCGCGCCCAAACCGGAUGCCGAGACGGGACUGUACAAGAUCGAGGAUGAAGGGUUUGCGAACUCUAUGAAGGAGUUCGUCCUGCCGCUGUCGCGAGUAGAAAAGGACGAAGAGGCCAAGUUCAAAAGCAAACGACCCACGCUCACCAUCCAAGCCAAGUUUACGCCCUACGACGCACUCCGCCAAAAGUUCUGGAAGCAACUCGCCCAGCAGUUUGACACCAACGACAGCGGCGCCCUCUCGCGCCUCGAGCUCUCGAGCAUGCUCGAUAGCCUUGGAAGCACGCUCAGCACAAAGACGCUCGACAGCUUUUUCUUGGCGGUCGACAAGAAUCCGGAAGAGGACGAAUUGACUUUCGAUGAGACCAUUGUGGCGUUGGAGGCAGAGGUGCAAAAGCCGUGGGAUUUGAAAAGAAAGGAGGGGCGCCAAUCGAGCUUCAACAGCGGCACGCAGACCCCGUCGUUGUUGGGUGGGGUAGGUGAUGUCGGGAGCGAUGUGAAUCAGGAUAUGGACUUCAGUGGAGCUGAUGCACCCGCAGCCGUCGUUGGAGCCGAAGACCUGGUCGCUCCAGAGGCGGCUGCGAAUGGCGGCGAUGGCGAUGUAGCAGGAGCGAGCGGCAUGCUGCGAUCCCUCGACCGCGACUUUUCCACCGUCUCUAUGACCUCGUCGACCGACUCUUCGUCCCACGCAGCCAACGGAAGCCAACCCUCGACACACCUGCACGCCACCAGCACCUCGAGCUCCGGCCACCUCUCGACCUCCCCUACCCCACCCCAGAUCAAUAUCGCAUCUUCCUCCUCCUCGUAUUUUGAUGCAUCGACACCCGAACGCGUCGUGCGCCUGCAAUCAUGCCCACUCUGCCACCUCCCGCGCCUGUCCUCAAAGGGUGAGAUGGACAUCAUCACGCACCUCGCCGUGUGCGCCUCGCAGGACUGGCGGCGGGUCGAAUCGCUCACCGUACGCAACUACGUCACCGCCUCGCAAGCGCACCGCAAGUGGUACACCAAAGUCGUCAACAAGAUCUCCCAGGGCGACUACUCGCUCGGCGCCAACAGCGCCAACAUCAUCGUCCAGGAUCGCACUUCGGGCGAGCUGAUGGAGGAAAAGAUGCAGGUGUACGUGCGAUUGGGCAUCCGGCUGCUGUACAAGGGAGCGAGGUCGAGGAUGGAGGGUGCGAGGGUGAGGAAGAUGCUCCGCAACAUGAGUGUCAAGCAAGGAAGGAAGUUUGAUAGCGCGUCGAGUGUGAGGGAGAUCGCUGGGUUUGUGGCGUUCCACAAUCUGAACGUGGAGGAGAUCAGGGAUCCGUUGGAUACUUUCAAGACGUUCAACGAAUUUUUCUAUCGCAAGUUGAAGGUGGGAGCGAGACCGAAUGAGGAACCGGCGAAUGCGGGGAGGUUGGUCAGCGGCGCGGACUGCAGGAUGAUGGCGUUCGAGACGGUGGACGAAGCGAUGAAGGUGUGGAUCAAAGGCCGCGGCUUCAGCAUCAAACGCUUGCUCGGCGAUGCAGCUCCCUCCAACCUUGACGCUUACCAGAACGGCGGUGCGCUGGCCAUUUUUCGGCUGGCACCCCAGGACUACCACCGCUUCCACUGUCCCGCCGACGCCACCGUAGGUAAACCCACGUGGAUCACUGGUCAGUACUACACGGUCAACCCCAUGGCCAUCCGUUCGGCGAUCGACGUGUACGGCGAAAACAUCCGCGUGGUCGUGCCCUUCGACAGUAAAGAGUUUGGCAGAUUCUACGCGGUGUGCAUCGGAGCGAUGAUGGUAGGCUCGACGGUGUUGACAGUAGAGGAAGGGAGCGAGGUCAGGAGGGGCGAUGAGUUUGGGUACUUUAAGUUUGGGGGCAGUACGAUCGUGCUGGUGUUUGAGAGGGGCAGGGUGAGGUGGGAUCAAGAUCUGCUGGAUAAUGGCAAAGCGGCGAUAGAAACUUUGGUUAGAGUGGGGAUGGGGAUCGGUAGGGCGGCGACGGAGGGUGGAGAGGGAAAAGACGAGGAGGAGGCGGGCAAGUGA